AUGGAGGGGAUGGCGCCGCUGUACCCCAACGCCAGCAUCCACGUGCAGAACCCCAACCUCAGGCCCCAGCACCGCCGCGCCCUCCCCCGCUCCACCCAAUGCAAGACCUCGUCGGGGUCCUCCCCAGCUUCCGUCGCUGCGGGGGGGGGAACCGACGGUGGCAUCGACGCCGUGCGUACCAUGGUUGCUGUGUGUCUCCUCGAGCUCGUCCCCUUUGGCGUGAUCGAUGACGCCACGCUCACGCGCCGCCUGCAAUCCAAACGUCGUCCCGCCCGGCCGAGGCCGAAGCGCUGCUCUGGUCGACCUCGCCGCGGAGCUUGGGGGCUCUGCGCCCGCUAUGGUUGCUCUUGCGCUCCGUCGCAUCGAGAAGACAGCGACGGCUUACAGAUCGAGGAGGCCUUCAUUGGUGGCAAGCAUAUGACUAUGGUCUGGGCCAUCGGCCGGAGCAAACUCCUCAAAGAGCUACCAGAAUCCUCCUCUGUGCUCCAAAUCCAACCUCCGCCAACUCCACAGUGA